UUCCUACCCUGAACGGACUCUCACAGAAUGAAAAUAAUUUAAGAUUCUAAAUCUAUUUCUGACAUCUUCUGCUUCUGGAAAACAUUAUUUUUCCAAACAAAAUGGCGGGUUUACCAGAUAGAGUUGGCGCUUCGAUAGAAAAUGAUCUUGAAGCAGACUCUGAAAGUGCCACUGUAGUUAAAGAAAGUCAAGAAAAAUCCUCCACUGAAGAUUCAGCUAGAUCUAUAACUGUGACCGAUUCUCAGGAUAAGUUGAUCAAACUGCCUCUUUCUCGUAUAAAGAGUAUCAUCAAAACAGACCCUGACGUAAAAGUUGCAAGUCAAGAUGCAGUCGUCACUUUGGCGAAAGCUGCGAUGGACAGACAAUCAAAGCUUAAAGCUGCAUAUGAAGCCGUCAAAGGCGGAAUGCCAAUUCGGGCUGCUAGCAAGCAGUUUGCCGUCCCAAGGUCAACUCUGCAAGACAGACUUGCACAACGCAUUCCUCUGGAGAAAACACCAAAAACGUUGCUGACACCAGAGGAAGAAACCAAGUUCUCUCAAUGGGCCAUCAAUAUGGCGAGGGCUGGCUUUGGUCGAACAAGGAAGGACUUCCUCACCAGCAUCCAGGGCUACCUGAACCAGCUCCAUGAACCGCAGCUGCGAUUCAAAAACAACAACAAACCAGGGAAAAGUUGGUACUAUGACUACCUGAAACGCCACCCAGAGCUCACGGAGAGGUAUGCAAGUGCUCUGGGGUAUGAGCAGGCAGUUGUGACCCCGACGAAAGUGGAGGACUGGUUCCAGGCCCUGGAGAAAUUCAUCCAGGAGGAGGAUCCUUCCUUGUUGAACGAGCCAGCCCGCUGGUACAACGCGGAUGAGUCUGGUUUCGAAUUGUGCCUGAAGUCCAAGAGAGUACUGGUGCCCAAAUCUUGCAAAACAGACGGACAUCUGGAUCUUAACACUUCAACAAAACAUCAAAUCACCUCAUUAUGUUGCAUGUCAGCCACUGGCCAUUUUAUUUCCCCAUUUGUUGUAUUUCCUGGGAAGCGGUUGACUGUGAACCAAACAGAACAUUUCCAGGACUGCUCUGUUGGGUUGAGUGAAAAUGGAUGGAUGACUGGUGAGUUGUUUGCAGAUUGGUUGGAACGUGUGUUUGUGAAAGAGUUGGAUGAAUGCGGAGUGGAACGGCCUGUCUUUCUCUUCGUGGAUGGGUCGAGUACCCACAAAAGCGAACAGGCGAGUAACAUUUGCUUGAAGAACAGAAUAGUUUUGUACUGUGUUCAACCAGAUGCCACUCAUCUGCUGCAACCACUUGACCUAUCCUUCUUUGGCAGCUUAAAACACCACUGGGGAGAAGCUGUCUUUGACUUCCAGACAAAAAAUCCUGGGAUGUCUGUGACAAAAUCAACUUUUGCCUUGGUAUUUAAGGAAGCUUAUACGAAAUCUUGUACAGCAGAGGUGGCAAGGGCCGGCUUUAGAAGGGCUGGCCUCUUUCCCCUCUGCAAAGAAGUUGCCUUAAAUACCAAGAAGAUGAUGGCUUCCAACUUUCCUGUUGGCUCCCCAACAUCAUCUCUGUCAACUUCAUCUCCUGUGCCACCUAUUUCUUCUCCUUCUCUGUCAUCAGCACCGUCUGCGUCACCAUCAACCUCGUCAGCUGCCCCUUUGAAGACUCCUUCCUCGCCUUCUCCUGCAGAAAAGUUGAGGGUCUUGGAGUCGAUCAUGACAGACGAGAUAAAGAUGAAAUUUGCUCUCCGUUUUGCAGAAGGAUACGACCUCGUGGACGAUCCUUUCUACACUGCUUGGAAGGAGAACAAACUUAUAUCCUUAAGGGCAUCUCCCUCUGCUAGUCCUUCUCGUGACUCUCUCACUGCAGAGGUGUCCCUGUCUUGUCCUAUUCAGUGUCGUUCUUUCACCUCAGCCGAGUGCCCUCCUUCCACGUCUUUUUCUUCACCUCAACCUUCCACCUCUGGUAAUGACAGACAUUCUUUGACCGCUUCAGCAGAAUCAAACUCUGUCCACCCUGUGUCUGCCGCCAUUUCUGUCUCAUCUCUCAACAUCGAUGAUUUCCUGAUUUCCCAAACCCCUCAUGUGCCUGUGCGGAAAGGAAAAGUUUUGCAAAAGGUUGUGCCAAAUACGACUUUAACCGGUGAGGAGACAAUUACAUAUUUUAAAGAAAUGGAAGAGGCAAAUCUGAGUGAGGAGAAGAAGAAGGGAGAAAAGAAAGCAGCCAAAGAGGAGAAGAAGAGAAAGAGAGAAGAGAAGAAACGAAAACAUGCAGAAAAAAAGCAGAGAAAGACUGAGGAAAAGAAAAGGCGGGCUGAGGAGAGCGGGAAAAAGAUGGAUGAAAUGAGGGAAAAGAGAGGUAAAGGAAAGGGGAAGGCUGCAAAACAUUUGAGGUUGGAGGUAAGCAGUAGCUCUAGUAGCAGUGAGGGUGAAGCAGAGAUAUGAGGUAUCGUGGUGAAAUCAGGCGCCCGUCAAAAUAUUGAAAUCAAAGUAAGCAGCAUUUUUCCUAA